AUGAACACCACGAACGGACUCAAGAUUGCUGUGGAUUUCGAAGAAGAUGCGACGAUCAAGGAGUUGGUUGGAAAAGAUGGAAAUCUUGAAGAAAUCAUCGAACAAGCCGAAACUGGACUCGAGGACGGAUUUCUGGAUUAUUUUUUGGAAGAUGGAGCAGCAUCAGAAGACCCAUUGUGCCACUUGUUGGACCAGAUAUGCACGGAAGAUGUUGUGGAGAAGGAAAACGAUGAAAACAAAGAUCCUUCUGGAAAUGGAUUGUAUGGAGAACAACACUUCAAUGCUCUCACAUUUGGAGUUUAUCAAAAUCAACAAGUGGACUCUUCAAUCGGACCGAUUCGACAGACGGAAAAGAAGAGAAUGUUUUCGAAACCAUAUGAAAUUGGAGCUCCAGGUCAUGCUGCUGUCAUCCGGGAUAUCACUGCUGAAGAACUCAAAAAUCGCCUGGACACUCCAGUGGCCGACGCCAUUGACACGAGAAAAACUGUUGGAGAUGUGAAGAAUUGGCUGAAGAUGAACGGGAUCAAUCAAACCAAGUUCGCGGAGAUGGUGCUGGAAAAGACUCAAGGUCACUUUUCGGUGAUCUCGAGGAAUCCGGCACCAUGGGAGGAGCUGUUGGCACCUGGAAGAGCGGUUUUCGUGAGGAUGCACAACUGGAUGAAGCUAUCGGAAGAAGAAAAGAACAAGAUUCUGAGUGUUGAGAAGGUAAGUAUGAGAAAGGAUUUACAGGAAAAAAUGAAGAAAACUAGAUUCACUUUUUCGAAGGAGCAGAUGGAAGUUUUGAUGGGAAUCUACGAGAUCAACAACCGUCCAGGUAAGGAAUUAAUUGAAGAACUUGCAGCUAAAUUCAGUCUCUCCUUCAACCAAAUCAAGGACUUCUUCUUGAACAGGCGUCGGCGUGCCAAGAAAUCUAAUUUGUAA